AUGGACUAUCAGGAUACUGGACGGUAUCAGGCUCAUGCAUUUCCGCGUGGACGAUUGGAAGUUUCCGGCGGCAUGAUUACGGGAAUCCUCGCGGUGGCCUGUGGCUGGAUGGGAGAACGUCAUCAUAUCGGAUUCACGGUUGCGUCACGGUUUUCAUGGGGCAUGAGGGGAUCAUAUUUCCCGGUUGUUAUGCGAGCUUUUGUCGGAUCGAUGUGGUUUGGCAUACAGUCCUACUGGCAUUGGAUGGAGGGUGGGCAAGUAACUCGAGUCCUCAUCGGGGCGGUUAUCCCGGGAUUCGCACACAUGAAAAACUUCUUCGCAGAGAAUUCCCAUCUGGCAACCAAUGACUUUAUCGGCAUGAUCGUCUGGUACGCGGCCUUCAUACCACUUGUUCUCAUCCCUCCCGAGCGCUUGCAGAGGCCGUUCGCGAUUUCGUUUGCCUUGUUCGCGUCGUCCUGCAUUGGGCUAUUAAUAUGGGCCGUCAGAAACGCAGGCGGUGCAGGAUCCAUGUUCCGCAAACCCGCCAGCACCCCAUCUGUCGGCUGGGGAAUGCUCUAUGGCAUCAGUGCUAUCCUAGGAGGAUGGGGUGCUGGAACCCUGGGCCAAUCCGACUGGACUAGAUACGCCAAUCGGUCCAUGGCGCCCACGCUUUCGCAGCUCGUAGCUGCACCAGUUACGAUUGUGGUGACUGCGUUGUUGGGCAUCAUCGUGACGAGUGCUGCGAACGAUUUGCUCCGCGAGAUUGUGUGGAAUCCUAUAUAUUUGCUUACAGCUAUACAGGAGGAGUACGAUUCGAGUCCGCGGGCGAGGGUGGGGGUGUUUUUUGCGUCGGUGGGGAUGGUUGCGACGCAGCUUGCGAUAUCUGUUGUCCUGAAUUCAGUUUCAGUAGGGAUGGAUAUGGCGGGCCUUUGCCCGAAGUAUAUCAAUAUCAUCCGUGGAAGCUAUAUAAUGGCUUUAUUUGGAUUUUGUUCUCAGCCCUGGCAACUCCUCGCGAAUUCCACGAAAUUCCUAUCUGUGCUGUCAAGCUUCGGCAUCUUUAUGGCUCCCAUGACCGGUAUCAUGCUAGCCGAUUACCAUCUGAUACGACGGCAUAAACUUAAGUUAAACGAUCUCUACACGGGAGAUGCAAAUGGCAUAUACUGGUAUUGGCACGGUGUCAACUGGCGUGCUCCCGUCGCGUUUGUAGCCGGCAUGUGGCCAUUGUUUCCGGGACUCAUCGCUUCUGUCAACAAUACCACACACCCUAAUCUGGCAGGUUGGAUCAAACUCUUUAAUUUAACCUUCUUCGCUGGCCUGGCUAUCAGCUUUGUCACUAUGACGGGAAUCUGCUACAUCUGGCCUCCUCAGGGGCUGGGGGAGGAAGCACCGUCUGUCCACAUCCAUGUGCACCCCGUGGAUGAGGCGGGCUCUGGUUCGGGCUCGGGUUUAGUUGAUAUGGGGGAGAAGUAG